AUGGAACAGUCAGAUGAUACAAUAACCGAACCCAAGCUAGACGUCAGCAAUUUUAACGGUUGGAAGGCAGACAUCGGCAAUAUGAAUGAAGGUGCACCGGUAGUGUAUCAGGGAAAUGGAGGAUUUGAAGGCCCAGGAAUUUACAUGGUAACAAAUCAUGUGGAGAGACAAACGCCGCGACAUUAUCCACUGGAGAUGUUGCAGGUGAUGGGAGGAGUUGGAUCUAGAAAUGGAGGCUCUCCUGGUCAUGGCACGCCUAGAAAAUGGCAGACUCGCAAAGAGCGUCAAUGUAACAAAACUGAUGGCACUGCUUUUGGCUAUGAUUCAGACGAUUCUAGUUUAUCAAGCAAUGCCUCUGGCUCAAAUAAAUCUAGUGAUAAAGGGGAAAACAGUCGGUUGCGAGUCGCGGUGGGCGCGGGGGCUGCGGCGGGCGCGCCGGCGUCGCGCGAGUGGCGCGGGCGCGGGCGCCGCGAUCCCCGCCAGCGGCACCACCGCAUCGCGCCCGAGCGCUACCUCAGCGCCGCGUACCCCUUCCAAGUCAAGUUCACGCCGGACGAUCUGCUUAAUGGUUCAAAGUGGGACACAUUGUCUCAAGAGAUCUGGGACAAGUUCGUGAAGUCUCAGCAAACAGAGGAGACCUUCCGCAAGAAGAUGAACCUCUGGAGAUAUCUUUACGUUACUAUAAAGUCGAUAUUCCCGCGCUACGGGCUGUACGUGGUGGGCUCCACCAUGUCGGGCUUCGGGCUGGACGCGUCGGACAUGGACCUGUGCCUGUACGUGCGCGCGCUGGCGGGCCUGGAGCCGCGCGCGCACGCGCUGCUGCACCUGAACUACAUACUCGCAUACAUCAAGAGCUUCGACCCAGGCGCAGAGGUGAUCCAGGCGAAGGUGCCGAUCCUGAAGUUCCGCGACGAGCGCAACGGCCUGCAGGUGGACCUCAACUGCAACAACGUGGUCGGCAUCCGCAACACCAACCUGCUGUACUGCUACUCCAGAAUGGACUGGCGCGUGCGGCCGCUGGUGGCGAUAGCGAAGCUGUGGGCGCGCGCGCACCGCAUCAACGACGCGCGCCGCCGCACGCUGUCCUCGUACGCGCUCACGCUCAUGGUGCUGCACUUCCUGCAGUGCGGCGCCGCGCCGCCCGUGCUGCCGCCCGCGCCGCCGCACGCGCCGCCCGCCGCCCACGCGCCGCGCCCGCACAACCGCGCCACGCUCGGCGAGCUCUUCCUGCAGAUGCUCAAGUAUUAUGCGGAGUUCCCGUACGGGCAGAUGGCGGUGUCGGUGCGCGCGGCGCGGCGCGUGCCGCUGUGGGAGUGCCGCGCGCGUGCAGAGCCCUCGCACUGGAAGCUGCUCUGCGUGGAAGAGCCUUUCGACCUAACGAACACGGCCCGCUCCGUGUACGACCCGGAGACGUUCGAGACCAUCGUGAGCACGUUCCGCAGCAGCUACGCGCGGCUGGCGGCCGGCCUGCGCCUCGCGGACGCCUGGCCGCGGCGA